GCUGGGCACCCCCAGCUUUGUGGGGAGCCACCCGCGCCAUCGUGGCUGCCACUGCUGUCCCCCUCCUGCUUUACUGAGCUGUGACAAGCGGGACGGCGAAACUGAGGCACGGACGGCAGCGUGCAGGGUCUUUUAGCGCGGCGGAGGGGCAGCAGCAGCCUCUGGGCGGCGUGCGGAGAGAGCCGGCACCCCCGUCCCGUCCCGUCAUGGCACUGGGCAAGCUGCAGAAAGUGCUGAUCAGCGAAAGCCUGGACCCCUGCUGCCGGGAGAUCCUGCAGGCCGCCGGGCUCCGGGUGCAGGAGAAGCCCGGGCUGAGCAAGGAGGAGCUGCUGCGGGAGAUCCGGGACUGCGAUGGGCUCAUCGUCCGCUCGGCCACCAAAGUCACGGCCGAGGUGCUGGAGGCGGCAGAGAGGCUGCAGGUGGUGGGCAGGGCUGGCACCGGCGUGGACAAUGUGGACGUGGAGGCAGCCACCAGGAAGGGAGUCCUGGUCAUGAACACACCCACUGGGAACAGCCUCAGCGCCGCCGAGCUCACCUGUGGGAUGAUCCUGUGCCUGGCCAGGCAGAUCCCGCAGGCAGCCGCCUCCAUGAAGGAGGGCAAGUGGGACCGUAAGAAGUACAUGGGCAUGGAGCUGAACGGGAAGACGCUGGCCGUGCUGGGGCUGGGCCGCAUCGGCAGGGAGGUGGCCACUCGCAUGCAGGCUUUUGGCAUGAAGACCAUAGGCUACGAUCCCAUCAUCACUCCCGAUGUCUCAGCCACCUUCGGUGUGGAGCAGCUGCCGCUGGAGCAGAUCUGGCCCCGCUGCGACUUCAUCACGGUGCACACGCCGCUGCUGCCCUCCACCACGGGGCUCCUGAACGACAGCACCUUUGCCAAGUGCCGCCGUGGCGUGCAGGUGGUGAACUGUGCCCGCGGUGGCAUCGUGGACGAGGGCGCGCUGCUGCGGGCGCUGCAGUCGGGGCAGUGUGGUGGGGCCGCCCUCGAUGUCUUCACACAGGAGCCCCCAAAGGACCGUGACCUGGUGAACCACCCCAACGUCAUCUCCUGCCCACACCUGGGCGCCAGCACACGGGAGGCACAGAGCCGCUGCGGCAAGGAGAUCGCCAUGCAGAUCGUGGACAUGGCCACGGGGAAGGGGCUGACUGGUGUAGUUAAUGGGCAGGCUCUCAGCAAGGCUUUUGCACCCCAGACCAAGCCCUGGAUCACCCUGGCCAGGGCCCUGGGCACGGUGCUGUGCGCGGCGGGCAAGCAAGUGCAGGGCAGCGUGCAGGUCUGCACCCUAGGGACAGCCCUGAAGGAGGCUGGGAGCUACCUGACACCUGCUGUGGCCGCGGGCAUGCUGGCUGGAGGGACACAGAAGGAGGUGACCCUGGUGAACGCCACGCUGCUGGCCCAGGAGGCUGGGCUGAAGGUCACAACCACCCACAGCGAUGUGGCCCCUGAGCCCGACAGCAGCACCGGUGUGCUGCAGGUGUCCCUGCAGGGCACCCCACACCAGGUGACAGGGACGGUGCAGGGCAGCACCCCGGUCCUGCAGCAGAUCAAUGGGGCCACCUUCAAGCAGCCAGCCCCGCUGUCCGGCCCUCUCCUCAUCUACAGAGCCAAAACCUCUGAUACCAGUGCUCUGACCACACUGACCGGGCUGCUGAGCAAGGCAGGGGGCCAGCUCCUGUCCUACCACAGCUCCAGCAAGGUGUCAGGGGAGCAGUGGAGCAUCGUGGGGCUCUCAGCCCCCCUGUCCAACCUCGGCGAGCUGAAGCCUCGUGUCACGGAAAUCUUCCAGCUCCACCUGCUGUAGACCCUGACUGCCAACAAGGACUUUCCCCACAGCCACAGCAUCUGGACCCUCCCCCAGCCAGGGGAACAUUGCACAUGGCUAUCCCUGACCCCCACUCUGGGUUUGGGGUGGCCCCAUGUUCAAUAAAAGGUCUGGAAAGAGAGAGCA